AUGUUGAACGUGUCGGACGUCGCGCCGGCCCCGUCCGGCCAUGAGUGGCACUUCCAGUGUUCGGUCGGGGUGGACUGUAGCGAUGCAGAGCCCCGCUGUAUCUGGCUGGCCGUGUUACGGGGCGUGUCGCCCCGCGCAUCGCCCCUGCCCACCCCCAUUGCUUCUCCCAGAAGACGGUGUUCCCGGAGACUUGUACGCCGCCAUCGCCUGUCCUGGGCUAAAGGGCGGAGAGAUGGCUUGGUGUCGACCAACGAGAAUAGGCGGCGGCCCCUGUCGUCGGGUGAGGUGGAGGGGAUGUCAUGGCAGGGCCCGCGGACCCUUCUCCUCCAGAAAAACUCGCAAGGAUUCGGCUUCACGCUGCGCCACUUCAUUGUCUACCCACCAGAAUCUUCUCUCCACAUCAACCUCAAGGAUGAAGAAAAUGGAAAUGCAACUGGAAAAGGUUGUCAACGAUCUCGUUUAGAGCCAAUGGACACGAUCUUUGUGAAGAGUGUCAGGGAUAAUGGCCCCGCCCAGCAAGCAGGACUAUGUACAGGUGACAGACUGGUGAAGGUGAAUGGGGAGAGUGUCUUGGGGAAAACCUACUCUCAAGUUAUCGCCCUCAUCCAAAACAGUGAGAACAUUCUGGAGCUCUCCAUCAUGCCAAAAGAUGAGGAUGUGUUGCAGUUGGUAAGUGCGUACUCCCAGGAUGCCUACCUGAAAGGCAACGAGCCAUACACAGGAGGAGCCCAGGACCUCCCCGAGCCACCUCCCCUCUGCUACCCUUACACCAAGCCCAGCCCCACUGCCAGUCAGAACCAGCAAAGCCCCCUGGACAACCGGCACUGCUGGCCCAGCCCGGCUCUCAACACCUCCCAGCUGGACAACCGCUCGACUGGUGCCACUGUUACCCAGACCUCCGGCUGGCCCGGGGGACCCGAGGAUGCUGAUAGCCAUUAUGGCCCAUUGGGGCGGCACCGGGGUCGCUCUUCCUCAUCCAUCAGCACACUGGACUUUCACUUUGCCAAUCACAAUGCGGCCAUUGCUUCAGCAACUCUGCCCCCACCGCGGAAAAACAGCCUCCCUGUCUCCUCCCGUGCCCACACUGACGCCCUCUGCCACCAAGCGUUGUCCGACUGGUACUACAGCCAGGCAGAGGCGGCCGAGCGCAUGUCCCCCCGCCACCGCAGUAUAUCUCAGGACCGUUUAGUCGAACUGGGGCUUGGGUUGGCACUAGGCCCAGGACCUGCAGCAGCUUCUGGAAACGCCACAGAUCGCCGCAAACGAGAGACUCUCCUGUUCCAUCACCGGGCAGCUGCCGCCUCCCAUGAUUCCCGUUGGCUGGGGGGCUGGGGGAGCUUAUCGGGACCAGAGAGCAGGUCAUGCUCAGAGAGCCUGUUAGCAGCCUAUGCAGAGUACGAACACACCUAUGGGCGUUCAGUGGAGACACUGGCACAGGCCUCUGCACUGGUCUCACCGCGUUAUGAUCACAGUCUGCAAGGCUGUCAAAAGGUAAAAGGCAGCGAGCGAAAAGACCAGAAACCUGCAGGAGGCCAGCAAUACCAAACUACGGCGACAUCUCCUGUCACAACCUCCUCCUCAACACCCCCUACUGGCCGGCAGCCUGGUCAGCAGGUAGCGGAACCCCAAACCAGGAGAGUCAAAGAGGAAGAGCUGGUGGGCUACAAAAGCUAUAGCCCCUCUUUCUGCCGCAAGGCUGACCACAUCCUUCAGCAGGCCCACUCCUUCCGAGAGCCCAAUUAUAGCGGCCCCCAGCUUAACUGGAACCUCAGCAGCAAAGGCGGCUCUUCAGACAGCGAGGGAGCUAUGGUUCCCCGGCCGCAGUCGACUCCAGCCCUCCCGACAUCAGAGGAGGAGAGGGCCAGGUUAGGGGAAGGGAGGGAGGUGCUUUCCCACCCCCCUCUCAACCAUGAGGUGGUCCUGAGGCAGAAGCCGCCAUCAGGGCGCCGGACCCCCACCCAUGUUGUUCGACAUCCCCAGUACGGUGCACCUGAGCCCCCUACCUGGUUGCCUUCCCCUGGGACCCCCUCCCCUGUCAGUGGAGGUUCCAGCCUCAGCCGUAGGGCAAACGGUAGCCUGGCACAGCACACACAAGACUCCCUGUCCUCUAUUCCCUUCAUAGAUGAACCCACCAGUCCUUGUGUUGACUCCUGGGCUAGACACAUGCCGGCCUGCACCGUGGCGUCCACCUCCAGUGUCCAGUCUUCUCCUGUGGUUGACUUCACUUCUACCGCUGUCUCCCCCACCCUCUCCUCCACCUCCCCCUUUGUCAAACUCCGUUCUCAGGACUGCAGCAGUAUCAAGGCUCGCCGGUCAUCUUACCUGCUGGCCAUCACCACGGAGCGCUCCAAGUCAUGUGAUGAGGGCCUGAAUACUUUCAGGGAGGAGGGGCGUGUGUUCUCGAGGUUACCAAAAAGAGUCAAGAGCUUUUUUACUGACGGGUCUCUUGAGAGCCUGCGAGCCCAAGAAGAGGCCAGGACGAAGCGCCAUUCGACCUCUGAACUGGGGACCAUCACCUUCAGUGACGUUCGCAAGGAGGGUUGGCUGCACUACAAACAGAUCCUCACAGAGAAGGGCAAGAAAGUUGGUGGCGGCAUGCGACCGUGGAAGCGUGUGUUUUCAGUACUGCGGUCCCACUCGCUCUUCCUCUACAAAGACAAGCGGGAGGCCGUCCUUCACGGGGCCGGGGCAGGCACCAGUCAGGAGGAGCAUCCUCCAAUCAGCAUCCGUGGCUGCCUGAUUGACAUUGCUUACAGCGAAACCAAAAGGAAGCACACCUUGAGGUUGACCACCCAGGACUUCUGUGAGUACCUGCUGCAGACUGAAGACAGGGACGACAUGCUGGCCUGGAUAAAGGUCAUCAGAGAAAACAGCAAGACUGACAAUGAGGAGCUUGGUUUCUCAAGGCAAGCACUCAUCAACAAGAAGUUGAAUGACUACAGAAAACAGAGUCCAAUGGGCAACAAACUAGAUACCUCUCCCAGGGCCCACCGCAUGAUGCCUCCCUUCCUCCUAGCAAAGACCGACAACGCCUCCAUCAAUCGCUCUUCGAAAACUGAUGAUAUCAAAGCACUGUGGGGCAUCAACAUCAUGAAGAAAGCAAAGAAAACUGGGAGCCCCAAGGCCUUUGACAUCAGACUGGAAGACUGUCAGCCGGCUCUCAACAACAAAUUUGUCCCCUUGAUAGUGGAGAUGUGCUGUGGGAUAGUGGAGGCCUCUGGCCUGGAGUACACAGGCAUCUACCGAGUGCCGGGGAACAACGCAAUGGUGUCAAACCUCCAAGAGCACCUCAACAAGGGCAUGGACAUCAACACCGCUGAGGAGAGAUGGCAAGACCUGAACGUGAUCAGCAGCCUUCUAAAGUCUUUUUUCCGAAAACUGCCUGAGCCACUUUUUACCGACGAAAAGUACGGUGAUUUCAUCGAAGCCAACAGGAUAGAGGACACCAGGGACAGGCUGAAAACUAUGAAGAAACUGAUCCACGAUCUCCCAGACCACUACCAUCACACUCUUAAGUUCCUGGUGGGCCAUCUCAAGAAGGUGGCAGAUAACUCUGAAAAGAACAAGAUGGAGCCGAGGAACCUGGCACUGGUGUUUGGCCCCACUCUGGUGAGAACGUCAGAGGACAACAUGAACGACAUGGUCACCCACAUGCCUGACCGCUACAAAAUAGUGGAGACGCUCAUCCUGCAUCAUGACUGGUUCUUCGGCGACGGAGAGCUGGAUAAGGAUGACAAGGCCCCUGAGGAUAAGCAAGACGGUCAGCCUGUACCCAACAUUGACCACUUGCUGUCCAACAUCGGCAGGACGGGCAUCCGACCAACAGAUGCAUCAGAUUCCACCACCAGCGAUUCAUCUAAGUCAAAGCUUUCCCCAAGUUCCAAGGGUGAGCUGAAUGCCAAGGACUUCCUCCCCAUGUCCAUCAUCUCCGCUGUGACCCGGAAACGUAAAAAAUGUCUUAGCACUUACCUCACAGGUAGCAGCGCUGACGAAGAUUCUGAUCAUGAGCCGGUCAAAGCCAGCAACUAUGGGGGAGGAGGAGGGGAAGAAGAUGGAAGGAAAGAGGAGAAGAAAAAUGGAGAGGAGGAAGUGGUCAAGAGAGGACAUGCCCCUCUUGAAAGAGAAAGAGGGGAUGAAGAUCUAAAAGGCAUGGAGGCAACAGAGAGCACUGGAGAAAAAGCAUCCUCUCCUGACAGAGAGGAGGUAGAAAAGGAAGACAGAACAUGUAAUGAAAGAUGGGAUAACAGGAAAGGUUUGGAAAGGGCCAACAGGCAGGGUGAGAGGAUGACCUCCCCUCGGGUGGCACCCAAUUCUCGUCCAAACAGUUUCCUUUACUCACACCACCAGCUUCCAGAAAACAUCCAGGCCAGCUACCUGAGACAUCCAAUUGGGGCCAGUCAUACUCAGCACUUGAGGCCCCAUAACCAGGCCAAAGCACACCCCAUCAACCCCUCCUGGUUCUCCCCCACGAGGUUUCCUAAUCUCAGCCAAAACUCCAGCCUAUGUGGAACACAGCACCCUGAUUUUAACCAGCCAGUGCCACUUCGCUAUCGAAAGACCAGGGAAGGGAGAGUGAGGGCCAUGUCCAUGAAUCUGGACCAUGAACUAGGAAAGAACGAGGACAGAGUCAGGGGACGGAUGGGAGAGAAAGUGGAGGUGAUCAGAGUCAUAGAAGGAGUACCAACUCACUAUAGCCAUUUUGGAGUUCCACAGGGAUCAGUUGUGGGUCCCGUAUCAAUUCAGCGAAGAUCGUGGUUAGAUCCACUCCCUCAUUUGGCCCUGGAGGCCCCAUCUCUCUCUUCUCCUUCCUCAGAAUGGACAGAUCAAGGCUCCCCUGAUUCUUCCACUGUUGUUUUAAGGAGAUCAGCCUUGGAUGUGCGGGACAAGAGGAGGGCCUGGCGUCGUCACACAGUGGUAGUUUAACCUGACUGGCGUUCUCUUGAUGCAGUAAAAAGCACUUGUCCUUUACCUAUUAACACUGGAUGACCAAUGCGACUGGUUUCAGACCUCAAUGCCAAUCUCAAGGGUCAUGGUCUUGUAAUGUGUGGAUCUCAUUUGUCUCAAGAUUCCUACUCUUGUCUCUUUCCUGGUGUUGAUUGAAGAAAAGAAUAAAAUCAAGGAAGCCGGCUGACAUUUUUGCACAGUUGCAGAGUUUGAUUUCAAAGUGAGAAAAUCAUAUGUCAAAAUUAAUCUCUUACAAAAAUUCUACAGAAUCGUUGAUAUCAUUAUUGAAUAUAACUUUUCCUGCUUUCUUUGACUUUAAUAACAUUGUAGAUGAUGCAAAUGUCUACAUUCUCAUAGCAAUGAAUGAAACGCCAACUGUCAGAUCAUUUUUUCCAUGAUGGUUACACAGCAUUUUGAAAUUAAACUCUUCAGUUGUACAUUAGUGGUGAUGAAUGAUGGUGACAAUGAACAAGGAAAAAAUGAGAGGAAGCCAUAUUUAUUCACAUGAGAUUCACCCAAAGAACCGAUUUGCUGCUGUUAUAUGAAACCCUCACCAGCACAGUCAUUUUUUGGCAAAUGUUUGCAUCAUCAUAGGCUAUUAGUUUUUUUUUUUUUCCUUGUUACACAUGGACUGUAGUCCUAAUAGUCCAUUCUGGGACUAUUAGAAAGCUUAUAGUACAGUAUUGGCACCUUUAGCUUUCUUUUGGCUUUCUUUUGGAAUACUGAGCAGUUGUGAACAUUGCUUGUGUGUCACCGAUGUAUUAUUUUGUCCCUUCAAAAACCCAAGUGGGCAAGUAUCAAUUAUGUUUGGGUGCCUCAUUAGCAAACAUAGCAUAUCUCAACCAUGCCAAAAAGUGGGCAAAAUAAUAUGUGGAAAAUAUACACUAUUGUGUCAGUCUUAGUAGGGCAUGAGGAAAUAUGCAGUAGAGGAAACCUUUGUCUUUUACUUUGCAGCCCUUUGGAAGCACUUGCAAAACCCAUUGUGGGAAUUAAUUUUCUCACUGGAUUAUGUGACUUACAUUGGGCAUAACACUAAAGUUUUUAUGGACAAAGAUAUGAAACUACACUGUCACUGGCAUAUCAAGAUUAAGCAACCCCUAAGUGUUUAUCAAAAAACAUACUGAACAUCUGAGUGUUCCUCUAUGUGUGUGGGGAAGAUGGAGACCAGACUUUGGGUGAUGCACCAGCAUGUCUGCGUCAGUCCUCCAUCCUGAGAAGAACAAAUUGUCCAGGGCAGCUAUUCAAAA